UCCCCGCUGCUGCAUUGAUGCUGUUACCUCCCUCCGUGGUGAUGUCACCGGCUCAGUGGAGCUCCAGCAUCCUUACACAGGCAGCCAGACAAUAGGGUCAUUUUGACCGUUUUGGAGUGUGAAGAAGCGGCCGAACCUCCAAUCAACCGACCGGUCACCUUCCGUACCUUUCUGGGUCCCGCACUGACACCGUCAGUCAUAACCUCAGCGCCUCGGUGUUCAUGGGGAGGAGAGGCUGCUAGCGGGAGGCAGAGCUGGAGGACACCGGCGGAGGUGGAACUAGCCUCGGAGCUAAACAAGACAAACGACCCCUGAUAAACAGUCUCUACACGGGAGACAAACGUUUCUGGCACUGCGUAGACCUGCAGGCCUGACACCUGGGCACUAGAGAAGGCACCUUAAGGUGCUAGACAGAAAGCAGCAUGGCAGGGGCCUCUGUGAAGGUGGCGGUGCGUGUCCGCCCCUUCAAUUCAAGGGAGAUCGGAAAGGAUAGCAAAUGCAUCAUUCAGAUGACUGGAAACACCACCACCAUCGUCAACCCCAAGCAGGCCAAAGACAACAAGAGCUUCAACUUUGAUUACUCCUACUGGUCCCAUACCUCGCCAGAGGACAUCAAUUAUGCCUCCCAGGUGCAAGUGUACAAAGACAUCGGAGAGGAAAUGUUGCUGCACGCGUUCGAGGGAUACAACGUCUGCAUCUUUGCUUACGGGCAGACAGGCUCUGGCAAGUCCUACACCAUGAUGGGGAAGCAGGACGUCAAGGACCAACAAGGAAUCAUUCCCCUGCUGUGUGAAGACCUUUUCACUAAGUUCAAUGACAAUGGAGACAACAGCAAGUCAUAUUCUGUGGAGGUAAGCUACAUGGAAAUCUACUGUGAACGUGUGCGGGACUUACUGAACCCCAAGAACAAAGGAAACCUGCGAGUGCGAGAACAUCCUCUGAUGGGGCCCUAUGUGGAGGAUCUGUCCAAGCUGGCUGUCACCUCCUACAACGACAUCCAGGACCUCAUGGACUCUGGCAACAAGGCCAGGUGA